AUGGUCGAAAAGCGAGUGUGGGGCGACACGUGAACCGGCCGAAAAGGGGCGAUCUUUUUGAGAGAUUGUGAUCGGGCUGCAAAUCCCGCCACCCUCGAAGUUUUCAGCGUUUCAAAGGUUUGCCGCCAAAUCCUUCUUCCUCUUCUGUUUUUUGUGAACUUCCCGCCCUAUUUUUCUACCUAUUUACUCGGAAAUGAGAGCAAUUUACUUGCUUUUGGUGGGGAUUUUUCAUCGCUUAAAAGUGUUUCGAAAGGGGAAUUUUGCAGCAAACCACGACGAUGCAGGUUCGUCUGCACGCGCGGAACACCUUCUCGGUGAUCAUGGCCGCUGGAUUCAUAUACCUCGCCUACCUCAUCUUUUUCGAAGUUGGUUUUCGAGUCGAACAAACGAUUUUUUUGUGUUUUCCUUCGAAGAGUUUAUCUGCAACUUUUCAUUUUAUUCAUUUGGAACAUCAAAAAAUGUUAUACUAGUUCUAAAAUCGGAAAAAUAAUUUCUCCUCGUUCUCUUUAAGUUAGCUGUCGAAUUAUUUACUUUUUCUUACUGUUUUUCUUUUUUUUUUUUUGCUCAUUCAAAGCUUCUAGAACUAUUAUAUUAAUUUUCAAAUUAAAAAAAUUUUCAUUUCCAAUUGUUAUACUGUAUCCAUUUAGAACCACGGUUGACGUUUUUAAUAGUUGGAAAAGUUAUUUUCCAGCUGAAAAUUGAAGAAAAUUCGUAAUAACUCUAAUUUUGCCUGCAGUUUUAGCUGCGCAGCUCUUCACAAAAUUUUUCCCAUUUUUCAGCUUAUUAAAAAAUUGUUUCAUUCGAUUUAUGUAGUAAAAAGCUUGAUUUUCUCAUUAGAAGUUCGAAAAAAAGGUGUUAUAUAAUCGAAAUUUAUGGAUUUUAGAAGUCAAAAAAACUGAUCAACUUUUUGAUCAACUUCAUUUUCUGCUAGAAUGACGUUUGAUUCUCAAAAAAAUAGGCGGAAAGAUUUUUUCAUGGUCUAAAAAUUUAUAAAAAAAGUAUCAAAUUUUACAAGGUCCAGUUAAUGUUCAGAAUACACUAUCAAAUUGAGAUUAAUUUUUUUAUAAGAUUUUUUUAGUCCGGCGAUGGUUUCCCUGAAAUUGAUGUCGAUUUGAAGGACGUUGUCAGGUAUUUCUUCAUAAUUUCUUGAAGUAAACAAAAAGUUUCUAGUUACGCCGUUUUGGCAGUGGAAAUGGGUGGCCAUGCGGUGAAGAAAGUACACGAAGAGAAUGGUUUUUGAUGAGAAUUUCAUUAAAAUCAAGCCAUAAUCUUGAAUUUUCAGCUCUGAACAUUGAGGCGAAGGGUCUGACCGACGAAGGAAAGGAGGAACUUUUGACCAAAGCCGAUAUUAUUUCGAAUUCCUUGAUUCUGGACCUUUUACAACGUUUCCCGAAGCUUAAGGUUAGAAUUUUUUUUUUGAUUCUAUUUUCAGUAAUUUAGUUAUACACAGCCAAAAACCAGAAUAUAAUGUACAAAAAAAUAGUUUUUUUGUCGAGUAACUCAAUCGAAAUUUGAAAAAAAUUGAUAAAAAUUCAUGUAUCUAUUAUUUUUCAAAGACCGGAAAAAAGUUUUUAAAAUUGCUUUUUUUAAAAACAUGUUCAGCUGAUUUUCACUCGUUUUUUUAUUGAAAAAAAUUAUUUUUUUUCGAACAAAAAAAUCAGAAAAAUUAGGCAUUUUUUUGACUACUUGGCUCUUCAGAGGUUCCAAAAAUCAAUAAAAGCCCUGCUUCGAUUCUGUUUUCUAUGUUUGAAGUUUGAAGUAGCGAUUAAAAUUGGUUUUUAAAUACCUUAUUGAAUAGAAAUAACAUAGGUCUUCGAAAAUUCUCGAUUCUUAAAGUUGAAAACUCAAAAUUUGAAGAUUUUAGCUUGUUUCACUUGUUUUAUUCCAUAUUUGGUAGUUUUCCUUCAGAAAAAAAGGAAGAAAUUAGUACUUUUUAGAUUUUUCUUGACCUCCUGGGUUUUCAAGACAUUCCAAACGCGACCAAUUGAAGAUUGGCUCAAUUUCCAUCUUAUAAUUCCGUAUUUCCAGGUAGUUUCUGAGGAGAAGCCUCCGUCCAGUUUCACUCCAAAUGAAGUGAAUUUGUAUCGAUCCGAUAAUUAUCUCCUUUGGGAAAGUGUCAAGGAUGUUCUGGACAAGUUUUUUCAGAAAGAUUCCAGUCAAAAUAAAUAUUUGCCUAGAAUUCCCAGCCGUCGGUUAUCCUUGUCAGAUAUCCGCAUUUUCGUGGAUCCUCUAGACGCCACCCAGGAAUUUACAGGUUUAUUUCUAUUUGAGUUUUUAUUUCAAAUAAAGAAUUAUUUCAGAAAAUUUGACGGAAUAUGUCACCGUGAUGGCGUGCAUUUGUGCGGGAGAAGAUCCGAUUUUUGGGGCCAUUUAUAGACCUUUUUAUAAUGAAACUAGUGGGUUUUCUUGCCUUUUAUUUUCAUAAGUGGUUUGAAACUCACUUGAAUUCAAUUCAACAAAAAAUGCGAAUUUUUGCCAAAAAAAGUCAAUAGAAAUAAUUUUUUUAACCUUUUGGUAGUACAUCAUUCAUUUCGAAAACGUUACUUUGUCUUCAAAUUUGUAUUUUUCAGCAUAUUUUGGCAGAAAAAACAAAAAUAAUUGAUUUUACAUAUCGCAAAUACAUACUUUUUAAAAAGGAAACUAGUGGAUCCCGUGGAUUUUUAUUCAAAAGUUCGAAAAUUCGAGGAAUUUGGCUUCUUAUGCGGUCUUUAUCAACAAAAAUUGACCUGAAACUCUGAAAACAGUUGAUUUUCUCAAUCGCAACAUUUAAAAUUAAGUUUUGCAAUUUAUUUUAACCAAAAGCAAACAUAUUUUCAAAAAUUUCAACCGCAGAAGUCAAAUUUUCAGGAUUAAACUGUUAUUUUUUCACGCUUUCCAACCUUUAGGGGUUGAUUUCGUUAUUUUUGAAAAAAAUUUCAGAGAAAAAAAUAACUUAUAAAUUGGUUGAAAAUAACAAGAAAAAGAAAAAAAGAUUUUUUUAUUCCCAAAUGAAGUAUUUGAGAGACCUUGGAAAGGAAUAUUCGAACAAGUUGAAGUCAUUGUUUCAUGGACGGCAUAUUUUCCCAUUUUGUUUAAUCAAUGGAUGUGUUCAUAAGAAAUAUGUUAAAACUUGCAGUAUUCGGCCUCAACGGCUGGGGAGUCAUGAACUCUGCCGGAAAAAUGCUCUCCCCGGUGGAUUAUGAAGAGACCGCCAAGAAAAUUGUCGUUUCCAGGUUUUUUUUUCGUUUUCUUCAAUUCAAUCUUGAUUUCGGAUGUUUCUAUGUCAUUAAGGACCUCUUCACGUUGAAAAUAGAUACUUCUUCAUCUUUUCGUUUUUUUUUUCAAUCAAUUUUUUAUUUAUAUCCAUGCGAGAUUUUUCUUUAGGUUGAAAAUGGACAUUUAUUCAUUUAUCUUAAUCACAAUUACUGAUUUUUUGCUUCACAUUUUUUUCAGAAGGCUCCUAGUAAUAUUUUUUUAAAUCGCUUGAAUAUUUUUUUCUGAAAUAUUGAGCUCGAAAAAAAUUUUUUUAUUGAAAAAAAGUUUAUAGUUAUUUUUUUCCCUUUUUUUAGUUUGAACUCGUAAAAAAAUUUUUUUUUCCAUUUUUUUCACAAAUUUUUUUCUAUUGAAAACUUUGAUAUCAGUCCGAUUUUUCUCUCAUUUGAACAAGGUUGAAUUUGUAAAAGGAAGUUUUUUUGCACUGAAAAAAAUAAAUGUCUGUAGAAAAAUUUUUCUAGUUCAAUUUUUUUGCUCUGAAAAAAAUAUUUCGAAUCAAAGUUAUUGAUAGUUUUUUUGAUUAUGAAAAAAAUAGAUUUUUCAAACAAUUUUAUAGACAUGACUAAUUGUCGAAAUUUCAUUUGUUUAUAUAGUUUAUAUAUUUACUCAAACAUUCAUCAUUGAAGGUCUCACGCGGGAAAAGUAAAAGAGAUGGCGAAGAAACUGGGAUCUGAUGUUGUCGUGGAAUCCGCCGGCGGCAGCGGCUACAAGACUCUUCGGCUGGUCAAUGGAACUGCUGGUUUGUUCUUUCCUUCAAUCGCCAGAGUGGUCCCUAGAGGGACAACCUGAGAGACUCAAAGUUUUCUCUAUAGGGUACACUCUCAUCCUAUAAGGAGAUCGCUGAAGUUUCAGAAGUGGUCACUCUAGGGAGCAUUCUGGUAGUACCUAUACGUCUAUUCAAAAUUUAAAGGCAUAGGGGCAGUAAAAAAUGGGGUUUCAGGUGAAAGAAGUAUCUUGUAUUGUUUUUCUUUGCGAAUCCAACGGUGUACUCAAAAAAUUACAGAUGUGACAACUCUAGAAGAAAAACGCGAUUUCACUUUCCCGCCUUUUUUUUUGAAAAAAGCUUUGGAUCGGUGCUCAGACAACUGUUUACAGUAGCUGUGCACGCGAUGUUGCGGACGUCUCAUUAGACUCGCAUUUUGUGAGAAAUAACCGGCUAUCUGCUUCAAAUUAAGGGUUUCGUUUCUGAAGAAUCGAUUAAGAAAACAGGAAAACACAAUGAUAAUAAAGAAAACACAAAAAAACGCUAUCCCAAUUGAAACCUGCGUAAAAUCAUCAUUUUUCAACAAAGAAGCAUUUUUGCAAUCAAAGUUUGCAAAUUAUACAUGAAUAGAAAGCUUUUGUGACAGAAAGAACUUUGAUGACAACAGAAAAAAUUGAAAAUUGAAAGAAACGAAGAAAAAAGCGAAAAUCCGAAUAAAGGCGAAGCCUGUUGUCCAUAGAGCAACUUUACUGCAAAGCGCCCUUUUCGCGGGAACUCAAGCUUUCCUUUCUCCCACUUUGAAUUAUUUUUUCUUCAAAACUAGGAACUACUGUACGUUCCCAAGUUUACCGCUCGAUUCGCAAUGAAAACCUCUACAAAGUACUGCUUUGAACUGAAACACCGUUUUUUACUGCCCCUAUGCCUUUAAAUCAAAAUACCUCUAUAGUGACCACUCAAGCCUCACGGGUUUAAGGGUUAGACCGUAAAUCCCUCUAGGUAAUCAACCGGAAAUUUUUUUCCUGUCUGUCAAAAAAGCUUGGAAAUAGCUCUUUUUGGAGUAUUUUGCCCUUUCAAAGUUUUUUCAUUUUCAGCUGCUUCAAGAGCUUUUGAAAAUUUCAGAAGCUCAGUAAAAAGAACAAUUUCCAAAAGUAUUUCAAGGAUUUUGCUUUUUUCAAUAGAAACCGUAUUCUGUGAUAUCUAGAAAUCUACCUGCACACGACGGCGAUCAAGAAAUGGGACACCUGUGCCGGGGACGCGAUUCUCAGAGCCAUGGGCGGGGCUAUGCUUGAUUUGAAGGGCGAGCCUUUGAGGUUAUUCAGUUCAUUUAGUCAAAAUGAAAUUGGAAGUUCUUUGAUUUUUCGUUUAAAUCAUUUUGAAGUUGAAAAUCUAGCAAUUUUCUCUUUAAAAAUUAGGUUAAAAAGAUAUAAUUAUCUAAUCAAAUUUAUAAAAAAAGAUUUCACCAUCGAUCCAAUAUCACUAUUCCAGAUACUCGUUGGACACGCCGAUUCUGAACGAGAAAGGCCUGUUGGCCACCGUCCGAAAUCCCUACACCUACCUGAAAAAAUUUGAAAAUCUCACCUGA